AUGUUCUGCAUUCCAUGCCAAAAGAAGUUCAGCACAAAGAAUGCCUACAAAUGUCACAUUUUGACAUCCUCACAUGCAAAGGCAGAAGAUGAAUACAAGAUAAAUAGAAAAGUGGCUAUAGAGCGAAACACAGUUAACUUCAUUACUGACUUUCAUUCUUACAUCUCACAGAUAGCCGAGUAUAAAGAAAUAGGUCAAGCCUAUAGAGAGUACUUAACUAAAAACAGAUUCAGAAUAGAGGGAACACGUUUCAAAAGUGUCGAGGAGGCUGUUGACAAGAUUGCAAAAAGAAUCUCCGUCAUGAAAGAAGAAGGUAGAAUAAUGAUCAAACGUUUAAGCAAGUUUGAAUCUGUAAAGGAACCUCCUGCAUUUGAUUUAGAAAAGCUUAGUUCUACUUUUAGAAUUAGGGUGGUGAAGAAGAAUGACAGAUAUGUCGAAGAAAGCCUGAAGAAGUAA